AUGAUGUAUUUGUCACAAUGUUGGUUAAUGACAGUCAUGGUGUGCAAGAACAUUCUUCAAUUCCUCAAUCUUACAGAGGAAGAGUUAAAAUUGAAGGAAGAGCUACCCUUGUUAUCAAGAACAUUAACCCUGCAGACAAUACCAAAUUUAAGUGUGAAUUGGAGAGAGGCUUAAGGACUUUUAGAAGUGUAGUGCAGCUUAUUGUGGCAGAGGCACCACUUAUAAACCUCUCUUUAGGAGGAAAAUAUUACAUUGAAGGAUCCCCUGUCACCAUAGCCUGUGAAGCUUCUGGGAAACCACUGCCGGAUGUAGCAUGGAUUAGAAAUGGAGUACUGGAAAGUUCAGGGAAGAAAGCUUCGUUUUUAAAGUUUGAUAAUAUAAACAGAACAGAUGCAGGACAAUACACAUGUCGUGCCAAUAACUCAGUGGAAGUCACUUUUGUUGACACAACAAUUGUAGUUCACUACCCACCCACAAUUCAGAAUGUCACCACGUCAUCUAAGAAGUCUUGGAUUGGCCAGACAGUGACUUUGAAGUGUCUUUCUGAUGGUGUUCCUACACCAACACUCUCUUGGUACAAACCUGAAGGAAGUGAAAUAAACAGAGUCACAGCCAGAGAAAACAAAGUACAGGUGCCACUCAGGGGUGAUCAAGAUUUUGGUCAUUACAAGUGCAUUGCUGCCAAUGGACUUACUCCACCUGAUGAGGAGUUAAUAAAGAUAAAUCCGAUAAAGAAACCAGGGAAAGCAUCCAUCAAAUCGUCAGAAUCAGUCAUUCAAGCAACUUUUAUAACAAUACGAUGGACUGCACCAGCUGAUGAUGGAGGAAGUCCGAUUACAGGAUACCAACUGAUCUUACAAAAGGGUGAAACUGAGUUAGAAAAGGAUGCUAUCACCAAUCCUGGGACGACAUCUUAUUCGUUUCGUGGUUUGGAGAAAAAUACCAACUACACAGUGAAACUGUUUUCCAGAAAUUUCGUAUUCGAGGGAGAUCCUACUGUAAGGACGAUUAAGACCAAGCUUGAAGGAGCCCCAGAUGUGGUCGAAAUAGACCAACUGCCAGAUGAAACAACAGACGAUACAAUUACCCUAAAGUGGAAGGAGCCAGAAAGUAAUGGAAAAGUUAUCACCAUGUAUACAGUGUACCAAAGAGUAGUAACUGAUGGGAAAGUGGGACAAUGGACAGAAAUAAGGAAAAUCAGAGAUGUUUCUACGAAAGAAUUUAAAAUAGCGUUGGAGAAAGGAAAGGUGUAUCAGUUUGCCAUUACUGCAACUAAUGAGCUUGGUGAAAGCCUAAAACAGGAGAAAGCAAAUAUCCAGCAAGUCAAGGCAGAAGUUCAAACAGUAAGCACAGAAGUUUACCUGACAGCGACAAUAGAGGAGGACUGUAGCAAACGUUCUGAAGUUGCUGCGAAAUUUCCAGAAAUGGCUUGUCAAAUUGCCUUCAGGUUUGGCUGCUCAUCCGCCAACACUGUGAACACCAGGUGUGGCAGUGUUGUUCUUGACUUUAUGAUGAGGUUCAAUCAAACUGUAGUCGUCAGCAAUGUUUUGAUUGUCCUGUCGGAUGCUGCAAGGCAAGACAAAUUCAGAGGUUUUAAAGUCAAUCCAGACUCAAUUAAACAAGUUUUAAUACCCACAGAUGGCUCGGAAAGCACAACAAAAGGUCCUGAGGAAUGUAACUGCCCAUCCAACAACGUCUUGUUGGCCGUAAUUGGGGUUCUUGCCUUCACAGUCCUUCUUCUAAUUAUUUACAUAAUCUGGCUACAUAAGAAAGGCGCUGUAGGGAAACAGAGGACUUAUGAAGAUGAGAGACGUGUUUGCGACAAUGAAACAUUAUUAGAAGAUAUCGAACCAAGUCUACCUGAUUCAAGAAAACUCACCCAGCCUCAUGCGGAAUACAUGGAUCUCAUAGAAGUCAACAAAGAUGAUAGAAAAGCACAAAGUACCCCUCCAGGUGCUGAUUACGUGCCUCUUCAUCCAUUAACACGCUGCUGGGAAGUUCCUAGACAUAACGUGACCAUAGAAAAAAUCAUUGGUAAAGGUGCUUUUGGUCAGGUUGCCAAGGGAACAGCAGUAGGACUUCGAGGGAGUCCUGAAACGACCACAGUGGCUAUUAAGAUGCUUAAAACAAACGCUACUGAAUCGGACAAGAGAGAUCUGAUGAAAGAACUUGACACAAUGAAGCAGCUGAAACCACAUCCUUACGUCAUUAAACUUCUGGGAUGUGUUACUGAAUCUGAACAGCUGUUGGUUUUGAUUGAAUAUGUGCCUUUUGGGGAUCUGCUGGGUUACCUGAGAAAGAGCCGUGGAUUAAAAGACACUUACUACAAAGACCCGGAUAUCAAACCACAAACAAAUCUGACGUCACAGCAGCUGAUGAAGUUUGCUUGGCAAAUUGCUGAUGGAAUGAGUUACUUGUCCGCAAAAUCUUGACAAGGAAGAAAAGGAAUUAAAACUUCAACUUAAAAAAAUCGUCUUUGGUCGCUAAACUGCUUCAUUACAGAAUCCUAUUUCGAUUAAAAUGUUAAGAUCAUUCACCGAGACCUUGCGGCCCGUAAUGUGUUGGUUGGACAAAAGGAAAUGUGUAAAGUGACAGACUUCGGAAUGGCCAGAGAUGUGCAGCAGGAAAAUAUUUAUGAACGAAAGACAAAGGGCCGUCUUCCCG